CCCUCCUUUACUUUCUCCCUUUCCUCGACCCCCCCCCGCCGCCUAACAAGCCACCCCGGUGCCUCACUGGGAAAAUCAGUCCUCGCUGACUCCGCCCCUCAUUUUGAGAUGUGGAUGCGAGAAAAAGGCCAGCAACAAUGUGACAGACAAACACACAGCCCCGCCGCUCUGCUCAGCGUAGUAGUGGAUAUCUUCACAGUAAAGGGAGCGCAGAGGCGAGCCAAACAGAGCCGCAUGCUCGCUGUGCAACAAGGCGAACAGGAGCAAAAAUGGACCGCCGGGCAGCAGCAGCAGCAUCCACUGAGGACCGACACAGAUUUUAGGGUCCUGUUAUAUCCUGGCGGACACAUGGACAUGAAGAAAUAAAAGCAUCAGUUGAGGCCCUCCAGCUGACCUCUGGGCUAAGCCCUGGCCGUGGGGUUUUGUUGUUGGUGGGCCAGCUGCAACAGGCGUGUAUGUGAGUGAGAGGUGAUGAAGUCCAGUAUGAGGCAGUGGCGGAGGCUAGUCCUGGUGGGAAUGCUGGCCUGGGUUCUCCUCUUCCUCGCCCUCCUCUCUUACUUCCUGGACGCUCGUGUGAAUGAGCCCCUGACCUCUGCUGGCUCUUUACUCUCCCAGCACCCUGACACCCGUCGCCUGGCCUCCAUACAGGCCUCUCAUCAACAGCAUGCCGUCAUGGGCUCCCGACCUGAACUGGCUUUGCCGUUAACGACAUCCUACCCUGGAAACGAGCCAGAACCCAAGCCUUCCACCAGUUCUAUGACCCCAGAGUCCAGCCUGGAGGUGAGCCACAGCCCCAACAGUGCUCCCUAUGCCAUCUAUGGCAGCCAGGAAGCCAGCCGCCAGGAUUACCUGGACCCCCAGAGCUUGGCUGCCUGGUCCUCCUUUGGUACAGAGAACGUGGGUUCUCACUCAGACCCUGCAGUCCAGAGUCGAGAGAGAACAUCUCAGAUCACUGAGUAUCAGAACCAUGCCAGACACCUCCACAUUGGGGAAGAAGAAGAAGAAGAUGGGAGGGAAAAUGAAGAUGAAGAACUGGGAGACAGAACGAGGAAUACAGCAGACAGGAAGGCUGGCGGUGACUCCUCUGAUCUGGAGGAAUAUUACUUCUCGAAGUCAGCCUCUGUGGUGCAGCGGCUGUGGCGGGGCCGCGUGUCCGCCGGCAUGCUGAGUCCUCGGCUGCAGCGUGCCAUGAAAGACUACGUGAGUGCCAACAAACACCAUGUUUCCUUCAAGGGGCAUCGCAAGGCUGCCCAGAGUGCCAAGGAGCUGCUGUGUCAAAUGAAAGCCCAGGCCCGGCUGAGGACAGUGGACGGGUCAGAGCAGCCCUUCUCCUCGCUUGGCUGGGCUCGUCUUGUGCCAUCCCUUCCUUUGGAACAACUGUACAGGCAGCAGGACCGGAGCAGCUUCAAGACCUGUGCAGUGGUCACCUCGGCUGGUGCCAUCCUGCGCUCAGGACUGGGCAAAGAGAUUGACACUCAUGAUGCAGUUUUACGGUUCAAUGCUGCACCUACAGAGGGAUACGAGAGAGACGUGGGGAACAAAACCACCAUCCGCAUCAUCAACUCGCAGAUUCUGGCCAAUCCUAAGCAUCGAUUCAACACGAGCUCCAUCUACAAGAAUGUGACUCUGGUGGCCUGGGACCCUGCACCUUACGCUGUUAACUUAAACAAGUGGUAUACCAGUCCAGAUUACAACCUGUUUGGUCCGUAUGUGGAGCACCGCAAGCUCCAUCCCAGCCAGCCAUUCUACAUCCUUCACCCCAGCUACGUGUGGCGACUCUGGGAUGUGAUUCAGGGCAACACUCAGGAGAACAUCCAGCCCAAUCCUCCCUCAUCUGGAUUCAUAGGCAUCCUCCUGAUGAUGGCGCUGUGCGAGCAGGUGCACGUGUAUGAGUACAUUCCCUCCAUGAGGCAGACAGACCUGUGCCACUACCACGAGCGUUAUUAUGAUGCUGCCUGUACACUGGGUGCCUACCAUCCCCUCCUGUACGAGAAGAGCCUGAUCCAGCGGAUCAACACAGGCCCCAAGAGUGACCUCAGGAGGCGGGGACGAGUCACUCUCCCAGGCUUCAGCACCGUCAACUGUGACAUCUGAGACAUGAGAUCUGACUCUCUGAGCCUGAACGUACACACACACACACACAUACUCUGGCCUUUUCUGGCUGACUAAGGGAGAGGUGCAAUAAAACCACUGGAGACAAGGAGGUUGAAACUUACAAGUUUCAAAUUAGACCCAUGAAGAACAUAAGCCAUACCCCUCGAGGGAGGGAUCAACGUGAAGGCUUUUGAAAGAACUUGUCUUCAUCAAGAUGGUUUACUAGACCGGAGACUCCCAGGAAGAGUCUCUAGGAUGGUAUCGAAAAAGAUGUUUCUCUCUGCUUUAGCUGAGCCACGUUAGCUGUGGAGCUGACUAGGGUAGCAACAGAUCAAUGUUUUUAGAUAGUCAAGUGAAUUUUCAAUAACUGGGAUGUGUUUCAGUGGUGUAAAAUCAGUGUUUUUCAGUAGUAUGGGUGGUUCUCCACUUAAAGGAAAUACCACUGUUUACAACGGUGGAUAUUUGUGAUUUUCUUUUUUACUGGUCCAAAGGGUUGUGAAUAAGCAAAGAAGUCAUCCGUGCUGAAUGUCACAAAUGCAACACACUUUGACACACACACACACACACACACACACACACACACAUUCAAUUACUUACAUAAAGCAGCAAGAUAUGUAGUAGAAUGCACAGUGUAAAAAAAAGCAGAUUUAGCGUCUCAACAGAGAACAAGGUGAAGCUGUCACAUUAGUCAUAUUACUGUACAUUUCAUUGCUCUGUUGCGGGUGUUCCUGUUUGACAUUCCUCUGAUAUCUUGUGAAAUCAGAAGUUGUGUAUUUGUCACAAGGGGUUUAUUUCACACUACUGAUGUUGUUACGCUGAAAACUAAUUACUUUCCUGUGCUAGCUAAUUCACAACUGCUAGGUUGUGGUACAUGCUCACAUGUUUUGGAUGACUCCUCAUUCAGUGUCAAAAAGCCUGUCUCUCAGUAAAAAGCUCACAGGAAGGCACUGCUUGUCCUUUUUAGGAGUAAUUCUACCUAUAGUAACAUUUUUCUUUUGUUUUACAGAGGGUGUAAUUAAAUCAAAGUAAAUGGGGCCAAAAUGGAUCAACAGAAAACAACAGGUGCUUAGAACAGCCGUAACCCUGUGCCUGGUGGUCGACUGAACACUUUCUUCGGGUUGCCUUGUGACUGUUCAGAUACAUGCAGUACAUACUGUGGCAGGACUGCAGUACCAUGGAGUUCAGUUGCCGUGUGAGGUGUGCAGCACUUGAUAUCGCUGAAGUAUAUCAGGGGAUUCUCAGCUCUGCCUCAGCAAUCACCAGCCCCUGUUUUUGACGGUCAGUUUACUCUUAAUUGAAUGUAAUUUUACCACAGCAGUGGAAUGGCCAAACCCUUCCUGGAUCUCACUACUGCAGUCUAGUCUGCCUAUGUGCAGUCCAUUGCUAGGGUUAUUUCUUUGUCAUGUAACAGCAUGAAGCUCAUUUCCUACAACUAUAAAUGUCUCAUAUUUUCUGAAUCCUCUGAUAUUGGUUUGUACCCGUACACAGCUCAGAGUGGAGAUGAUUAUAAAAGAGGAAUUUGAACCAGUAAUAUCAUCAGAUUUGCUUUGUCUCUGGCUAGGAUGAUUUUUAUGUUUACACUGAGUCAGUGCUACAUCUGCAGCAAGCUUUAGAUGUAUUAGCUCAGUGUGGAUAAGAGGGCUGGUGGGGGUGGGGUGGGCUGGGUUUGUUCAGUUGUGUUUUUUUUUUUUUUUUUUUGUUGCUCACAUGCAGUCAGAAAAAUCUUGCCUAUAACAGAGAUUUUUAUUACUAAAUGUGCUAUUUUACAAAAUGUGCUUGUGCCAUUGCUUGUGGUUCAGUAUAAGAUGUGAAAACUUGUCACAGAGAUGUUGCUUUGAAUAGUCUUAUGGAUGUUGAAGAAAAUGGUGGCUCUGUCUUGGUAGUAGGACUAGUGGUAGUAUGUAGAUGAUUCUGGGGUUGGUAUCAUCCAACUGUAACAACUAUAACCUACCUUAAAGGGGAGAAACAAGCAUUUGACCAAAUAUUUGGUGCCAAUUUUUAAUACUUCACAGUAGGGGUGGGCGAUAUAGAUUUAAAAAAAAAAAAAAAACCUUCUAUUAUGCUAUUUUAUAUUGCAACACUGAUAUACUGUUUAUCAUGAUUAAUGAGUAAUUUUCUUUUGAAAUUCGAUUGAGAAACUAUGUAUUGAUUAAAUAACUACCUGAUAAUAACUAAUUCAGUGAAUUACAUACAUGACUAAAGUGUUUCAUCACAUUGAUGCAAAGUUUUGCAAAUCAAAUAUUGCCGGAAAAGCAGUUCUCCUCAUUGAUGUGCAGCAGCUCCCACAAUGCUCCUACGAUAUUGAAGAUGUAGCCGUCUCAGUAGGAAGGGAACAGAAAUUGAUAUUUCUAGCAGCUGACAAAUGGUCUCAUAUAUCGCCCAGGCCCACCUGACAGUUUCUGAUACUUGAUGCUUUGGACACAUUUUGUUCAGAAUGCAGAACGUACAAAGGUUUGAUACCCAGCCCCAGUUUCAAGUUGAAUAUAUGGCAUGUUAUUUGAAGAUUCUUGGAACGAGGACCCCAGUAAGGUCAGCAACCAUUAGAAGACUGUAACAGAGGUUUAAAAAAUAGACUGAAGAAAUCAUUUUUAAAACUUAAGGAGAUUCCAGUGUUCAUUUAAAACCGUGCAGGUUUUUAGCUCUGCGGUAGGUUUUCCUCUUUUUUUUUUUUUUUUGGUUUUUCUUUUUUUUUUUGUUUAGUGCUUGUGAUUGUAACACACUGAAGGUGCAGAAACCCUGGACAUAUUGUACAUGUAUAUUUCUAAUAACUUUGAUCACUUUCCAGUGCGCAGAGCAUGCAAGUCAAGAUCAGGGCUAAGAGUCUUAAACUGUCUGUGCUGUACUGUGCUGCAAGUAGACACCAUUGUCGUUAAUGUUGUGAGAGGCGAUUGUACAAUAGGAUUUUCUUUUUCUUAAGUGGUGUUAAAACAGAUUUUAAUGCAUGCUUGUGGUUAGGGAAAUCACAUUGAGCUGCAGUGUAGCUAUCAUGAAUUCCCUGGAAGCACUUGAGAGUGCGAUGGUUUCUGGUAAAUUCAUCUUUGCAUCUUAUAUAAUAUUUUGCCAAAUAUAGUGCCAAAUUCCCUUUUUAAUUAUGUCUCCACUGGGCAGGUUAAACUCAUGACAAUGAAUUGUCAUGAGAAUGAAUGACAACUUGAGUAAUAGCAAGACCUCUUAUGUGCUAUUGCAUCUCUCUGGGACGCUUGAGAUGGAAUUUAAUAGAAUUUCGGAUCUCCUUCAAUACUACAGUUUUACUGCCGGUAUUAAAUACAGGAUGUUGUAGUGAAGCUUGACAUUAACUUUAUUGUUUGACCAGUGGUAAAGUGAUGAGAAAGAGCUUAGAAAACAUGUUUGGAGACACUGUUUAUUAUGUUUUGCUCUCUCAGCCUCUGUCUCUGUGCUCUUUUCUCUUGAGGCCUGUUUUUCACGUCUUGUUUUUAUUCAGUAUUGCGGGAAUUGCUGCACCACAUUGUUUUUUCUACAUUUCCCUCCUGCAGCUUGCUGCAGCAUUCCCAAAAUGAGGAAGAGAAAAAGAAGCAUCUGUAACUGAACAUGGUAAGAGUGAAUGUCAUUUUUCACUCCCAACAGCCUUAGGGUGUUCUUCUUGACUUUGAUUUGUCAGUGAAUUCUCCUCUUAUUACACUUGAAUUAAUAUUUAAAUAGACCAUUUGUAUGAUUUCAGCUGUUGUAAUUUGUCUUUUUUUACUGUGUAAAUAAAGCUGUUGGUCAUGUCAAA